AUGAUGCAGCAAUUAAACCAAGAUUCCCCUGGAGAAGAUAAUGGUGCUCCACAUCCAAAUCUACCAUUUUUCAACUUUAAGACGAUAAUGACAGCUACAAGAAAUUGUGCUAAUGAGAAUAAGCUUGGACAAGGUGGAUUUGGCUCAGUCUAUAAGGGUUGCUUGGUUAAUGGACAAGAGAUAGCAGUGAAAAGAUUAUCCAAAGAUUCAGGUCAAGGCAAAGAAGAGUUUAAAACUGAAGUUACACUUUUAGUUAAACUCCAACACAGAAAUCUAGUGAGAUUGCUCGGUUGUUGCUUUGAAAAAAAAGAAAGGAUGCUAGUUUACGAAUACUUACCAAACAAAAGCCUAGACUUCUUUAUAUUCGAUCUAAACCAAAAAUCAUCAUUGGAUUGGGCUAAACGUUUUGAGAUUAUAUGUGGGAUUGCUCGAGGUGUAUUAUAUCUUCAUCAAGAUUCAAGGCUUAAAAUAAUUCAUAGAGAUCUAAAAGCUAGCAAUGUUCUCCUUGAUGCUGCAAUGAAUCCCAAAAUCUCAGAUUUUGGUAUGGCUAGAAUAUUUGGAGAAGAUGAGAUCCAAGCAAGAACAAAUAGAUUGGUUGGAACAUAUGGAUAUAUGGCACCAGAAUAUGCAAUGGAAGGACUAUAUUCAACAAAAUCUGAUGUCUUUAGUUAUGGGGUCUUGAUACUAGAAAUUAUUGCUGGACAAAGAAACACACGUUAUGAAACAGGAAGAGCAUCCCCAAAUUUAAUUGGACAUGUGUGGACACUAUGGACAGAAGGAAAGGCCAUGGAUAUAGUUGAUCUAGCACUAAACCAGUCUUAUCCUUCUGAUAUAGUUCUGAAAUGCAUUCAAAUUGGACUCAUGUGUGUGCAAGAAAAUGCCAUGAAUAGACCAUCCAUGUUAGAAGUUGUUUUGAUGCUAGCCAAUGAAACACCUCUCUUCCCACCUCAAAAACCAGCAUUUGUAUUAAAUGGCAACCAAGUUUUGCAAGAGUCUUCAACAUCAGGAGGAGGUUCUUCAAUAAAUGAAUUAACAGAAACUACCAUAAGUGCUCGUUAAAAGCUACGUUAAUGAAAUAUGUAAUUUUCCGUUCAUACUUUUCCAUCAGAAUUGAGUUUGUAGACAUUUUGAGGUUCUUUAUAAAAAAAAUAUGUGUAGUCACUUUGUGGUACUGUGAAAGUGAAUAUUCGAGUAUCUCUGUUUCAAUAAGCUUAUCAAUUGGAAUUGGUCUUUAACACAAUGUUUUAACAGUGAUUUGAUGAAUUUAAGAUAACGUGUAUCUUCCAAUCACAAAAAAUGCAACUAAUAGAAAUUGAAUUAGCCAACUAACUAUCUAUACUAGACUCGGUGUUUGUUAUUAAAAAAAACUGGUUUGCUAGACCAAUUAAGUAUACGUAUAAAAUAUAUAAG